UCUUUUUCCCCCUUUUCAUCCAGUUCGCAGCCAACUCCCCCCUCCCUCCACUUGUCGGAUCUUGCCAUGGACCUCGCCGGAGCCGCGCCCCCUCGCUCGCCGGAGCCCCACGUGCCGCCGCCCCGCACGCCGCCGCAGCCGCCGCUACAGGAUUCAUGCAAAGAUAAAGGAGACAUAAGGACCACUGAGGAAAAGCCAGGCACACCGCAGGAGUUAAAUCUUGGUCAAACAAAUAAUUCUGGCCUUAAUAGUUCCAUUGAGGAUGAGAACCAAACAUCUAAUGGUGACGAGAUGACUGAACUAGGAUCCAAGUCGGAAGCAGCUAAGACUGAGGGUGACGGAUCAAGUGGUGAGAAGGUCAUCCUGAAGAAGCCGGAUAAGAUUCUGCCAUGUCCACGUUGCAACAGCAUGGAUACAAAGUUUUGUUACUACAACAACUACAACAUCCACCAACCAAGGCAUUUUUGCAGGGGUUGUCAAAGGUAUUGGACGGCAGGUGGAAGCAUGAGAAACCUUCCUGUCGGUGCUGGUAGGCGCAAGAGUAAGAGCUCCAGUGUAAACUGCCAUGGCAUAUUGAUUCCAGGAAGCAAUAUAGCCUAUCCUGGGGGCGAUGCUUCCCCCAUUCCAUUGCCUAUAAAAGCAACUGAACCAGCAGCUCAGUUUGUGUCUCAACCUCCUCUAUCUAAUUCCACGGCUUCCGUGUUGAGAGUUGAAGUGCAGAACAAGAAUGACAACCCUGCCUCCACAGCACAUCCCAGAAAUGGAGAAAGCCAGACCUGCCUACCUUCAUCAACAACUUCAGAUAGUCCGCGGAUUGAGUCAGUUAAAGGAACAGUUAGUGGAUAUCAGAAUGGAGUUACUAUGGAUUGCAAUGGCGCCACUCCCAUGCAUCCUAUACCAUGCUUCCCUGGUCCACCUUUUGUGUACCCAUGGAAUCCAGCUUGGAAUGGUAUUCCUGCCAUGGCAGCACCAGUAUGCCCAGCCCCAGCUGAACCAGCAAAAUGUUCAGAAAAUGGCAAUGUAGGCAAUGUUCAAUGGAACUUUCCACCGAUGGUGGCGGUGCCAGGAUUCUGUGGCCAACCCAUUCCCUUCCCACUAAUGCCGCCUUCCGUUUGGCCACUCGUUUCUCCCUGGCCUAAUGGCGCAUGGAGUGCGCCAUGGCUUGGACCUGGUUGUAGCAUGCCAGCAGCACCUCCUACAAGCAGUAGUACAUGUACAGAUAGCGGCUCUCCAGUUCUUGGAAAACACUCGAGGGAUUCUAACCCGCAAGGUGAUGAAAAGGCAGAAAGAUCUUUGUGGAUUCCGAAAACGCUCCGGAUCGAUGACCCCGACGAAGCCGCAAAGAGUUCGAUCUGGACCACCCUCGGGAUCGAACCUGGCGAGCGUGGCAUGUUUAGACCGUUCCAGUCAAAAUCUGAUGUCAAAGAGCGCACAUCAGAUGCAGCUCGAGUCAUGCAAGCGAACCCAGCGGCUCAAUCGCGCUUCCAGUCUUUCCAGGAGACGACGUGAUAUGGAACCUGUGUGGUAUUUUUCUCUUCAAACAUGUUAUAUCAAGAAAAUGUUGUAAUCUGAACAAUGAUCGGGCGACGUAGACAUUACGGAACUGUACUAUCGGUAGAGUGUCUUCACAUUUUUUUCCUUUUUCUGUGUUUUUUUCUUGUAGAGCAUGCACCAGUCCUCUGGGUUCAUGGUCAGAUUGUCAGCAUCUAUUUUUGUUGUACAAGAAUAAAUGUGAAUAGAUUUGCUUAAA